UGAGUUCUUCGACGCUCACCUCGAUCAAAAUGAGCAAUACAAAGAAGACUUACUUCUUGGCUCCAAAUUUCCAUAUCCUUCCUCCUCCAACAGGACCGCUCCUUCUUGGCAGCAUCAUCUCUUCAGUGUCGAAACCAGAACAUAUCCUCAAUCGCCAGCCCAACUAUGUUCCCAUUCCUCCCUCUAGUCCAUCGUUCACCCACCAUCAAGCAGGUUUCUCCAGCACACAUUCGAACUCGCUAUCCGGCAGCUUCGGUGGCUUUACCGCCCUAAACGCUUUCCUCUCAUCCAUUCUCUCUCUUCGAGUUGACGCAGAUCUCGACGGCGCGUCUUCAGGCUCCACAAUAUACAAGUGCAAAGACCUGGAAACAACCUACUUCUAUCCAGAUGACGAAUACAUAGCGAAGAAUAUUGAGAUCAAGAGAGUAAAAGAUUGGAUGACGGAUACUUAUUGGAAGAAACCGGUGUAUAUGAUUACAGGAUUGAAGAUUGCGAGGGGGAUGAAGGCGGAGAGCAAGCAGGGCAAAAGCUUGAAAGGAAAGGUUGAAGUCGGCGUUGAUGCCACUAUGCUUACAGGUGUGCCUGUCUCCGGGGGUCCCAAGGUUGGUGGUGGUGUCGAAGCGAAAAAUGGGGUAAGCUGGGAUGGGAGCGAUGAUUUCAUAUUUGCUUACAGAGUGGUGAGAAUUAAGUUAAAGGGGAAAGAGGGUGGGUUCGAGGCUGGUGAGCAUAUCAGUGGUGCGUUGUACAGUGAGGGUGAUGAGGGGGCAAAAGGCAAUCUGCGAGACGAAUGGGAUGUCUCGGAAAUCGAAGAUAUGGAGGGAGAGGAGAUCGUGGCACCCCACAUUAUAUGCGAAGAAGAGCCUGUAGAGGGGUAAAUCUACUACGAGAAUGUUCAUCGCCUGGCGUUCUGGGCGUGCAAGUGCCAUACAGUGGACAUUUGACACGGUAGUUGAAUGUCAAUCUUCUAAGUAGCUGUCGCUUGGACAUGAAAACUCUUGGAUAUAGGAAGAACC